GGUGCAUAGACGGAUUUUCCAGAUUGAUUGUAUGGUGCAAAGUUAGUGGCAACGGGAAAGCAAGAACAACAGCAAGAUCCUUCUUAAAGGCUGCUGAAAACAGAGGAGGAUAUCCUCGGCUCGUCCGGACAGAUAAUGGCGUAGAAAACGCAGACAUUCUGAAAAUUCAGACAUUCCUCAGAAGAAACCAUAGAGAUAAUCAAGCUGGUGAUGCCAGUGUUCUGGCUGGAGACAGCAGACUCAAUCAACGGAUUGAGUUUUGGUGGGGGAUACUGAGGAAGGAAUGCUUACAGUUCUGGAUGGAUCUAUUCAAUGAGAUGAAAAAAGAUGGCUAUUUCACUGUGGAUAAGCUAGAUAAAGACCUUGUCAGGUUUUGCUUUUUACGGUUGAUACAGGUUGAUAUAGACAAAGUCGUUGAAGUGUGGAACAGCCAUAAAAUCAGACGUUCAAGAUUUAAUGGAUUGCAAAACGCUACACCCGCAGUGCUGUACUGUCUUCCACAUCUGCAUGGAUAUACAGACUGUCUUUGCCAAGUAGAACCCUUGGAUAUCGAAGUCAGUUGUGACGAAAUCCUGGAUGAACGUGAAACGCCAUGUGAUGAAGAUGUAUAUGAACUAUGCACAAUUCUGAUGGAUGAAAACAAUCUCAGUCCUGCACGGGAUGCGUAUGCCGCCGUUGAUAUGUAUAUCGAACUCAGAACUGAGAUUAAGCGAGUGCUGUAGUCAGAUAAAACAGUUCCUGUGUUGUAUGUGUAACUACGUAAUUCCUUAUGUGAAUUUUGUGUAUGUGUGUAUGUGUGUGUGUGUGGGGGGGGGGGGGGGGG